AUGCCCGAAGAGCCCAAGAAAUGCUGCAAUCCACCUGCGCAAAAGAAACCUUGCACGGACACCACCACCGGGGGUAUCACUCAUCCAGCAAUCCCACAGGCUUCUACUAGAAAGCAUCGAGAGUUCAACAUCGAUGAAGGCAGCACAAGCAUUACCAAGCACGGGCCGCCACCAAAGAAAGCACGAAAAGAAACCAAACGGAAGCCGACUUCAUGUCACGCCUCCAAAGACAUGCCUUGUAGCAUCGACGAUGCAUUUUUAGGUGAUGAACCUGAGGAGAUAUCUGACUUUCAACCUGGCUGCGACUCGGAAGCGGAUGACGAGGAAGAUGCCGACGACUCAGAUGAGGCCGAAUCUAUCGUGAAGUUCCUGUCAGCAGAAGUACCAAAAUUUGUCUCAGAGGCCGAAAAGCUCGAUUUCCCACUGACAAAACCAACCUGGCCUCCGAGUCAAGCAGCUACAUCAAAAUUGAUGAGCGCUCCUGUGGCUACCAAGGUGAGGCAGACUGCUGAACCAUUCCCCUUCUUGUCGGCCCAACCACGGGCUCCUGUGGCUUCCAGGCAGGCAAAAUCCCAGUCCACGCAUGAUCAAACCAGGGCAAAAACUCAGUUUAAUGCACAUGGCCAUAUCAAGGCAAAGACUCAUUCCGCGUGUGAUCGUAAACGAGCAAAUGAGACUCCAACCUGGGCAGAUGAUUCCAAUGAUGGAGUCAUCGCAUCAGAGAACUCGGAAGGACUCAAGGCCAUGCCAGACGACCACAGUGAACACGAGUCUCCAAAGGACGACUUUAUCGUAGUAGACGAUGACGACGACGAUAGCGGCCAUCGUGAAGAGCCCAAACUUGUACGGAGUGCAAACGCAGGAAAGUUAAAGCUGAUGGAUCAAACUAGCGACACCUGUCGUGUCGUCCAACGAGCGAUACUUGAGGCAAAGGUUCAUAUGACCUUUGUCGAUGCAGCUCGCACGUGUGGUGUUCUACCCAUUCAGCAUCGCCUCAAGACUGAUGACUCGUACACAUCUGUGCUUUCAACUCUGGUUGAGGCUCGAGUGCCGCUUUUUCGUACCGAAUUGAAGGAUGACACUUGUGCACAAGUGACAGCCUAUUACCGUCUUGGUCCCGACUGUAUUGAUACUUCCAAGGCUUUGCUGGCGAGCCAUGUAUAUCAUUUUGCGCAGCAUUUUGAUGAGAAAAAUGUCCCUAUUCCGCAGGCAGCAAAACCGUACUCUGCAGAUAUAUUGCCUUACUUAAUGAAGGGGCGCUACUUCAAUGGGCCAAAGUCGGUUGGUGUGAAAUUUGCAGACCGUUUCAAGGAGAUCUCAGGCAACAAGGCCCAGCGGCCUGAGGUGACGAUUCCAAUGGUCGCAUUGACCAGUACUUCGGUAUAUUUUCGGUUCUCAAUCUACUCACAGUCCGUGUAUUAA